AUGUCGAAGCGCGUUGCUCUGGGCUGCGACCACGCCGCCUACGCCGCACAUCAGGAGAUCAUAGGCAUGAUCAACGCCUGCAGUGCGGUGUCAAAGGUGAUGUACAUGGGUCCCUCCUCCGACUCGUCUGUCGACUACCCCGACUACGCCGCGCAGGUGUGUGAGGCCAUCUUGAAAGGCGAGGCGGAUACGGGCAUCCUCGUCUGCGGCACCGGCAUCGGCAUGUCGAUCGCGGCCAACAAGUUCAGAGGCAUUCGUGCAGCGCUUUGCUACGACCAUGUGACGGCGCGGCUGAGCCGCCAGCACAACAACGCCCACAUCUUGUGCAUUGGGGUGCGCACCAGUGGACCGGAGAUUAUCCGCGAUAUCAUCGAGACCUUCCUUACGACAGAGCCAUUGGAGGAAGGGCGCCACGGCAGCCGCCUCGACAAGAUCACGGUGAUCGAGGAGCAGCAGAUGGAGGACAAACAGCGAUGGUGCUUCAGCGGCUGCGGAGGCCGUAAGGAGGAAGGAAAGUGA